AUGGACCUCAAGUCAAGGGCUGGAGGAGAGCGGUGCCCACCAUGUGUGGAUGACUUCCUCUAUAUCUGUGAUGAUGCCUACAAGCGGGAGGAGCUGAUUGCCAUGGAGAUGAGCAUCCUCAGCACCCUCAAGUUCGACAUCAACAUCCCCAUCCCCUACCGCUUCCUGCGGCGCUUUGCCAAGUGUGCCCGUGCCAGCAUGGAGACGCUGACGCUGGCCCGGUUCCUCUGCGAGAUGACCCUGCAGGAGUACGACUACGCCCGCGAGAGCCCCUCCAAGCUGGCUGCCAGCUGCCUGCUGCUGGCACUCACCAUGAAGAACCUUGGGGGCUGGACCCCCACACUGCAGUACUACAGUGGGUACAAUGCCCAGGAGCUGCACCCCCUGGUGAAGAGGCUGAAUUUCCUGCUCACGUACCAGCCCUGCGACAAGCUGAACGCUGUGCGCAGCAAGUACUCGCACAGGGUCUUCUUUGAGGUUGCCAAAGUCACCCCCAUGGACAUGCUCAAGCUCGAGGAGACACUCACUAGCUCCUAGCCCUACUCUGUGAAUAAGCCUGUAAAUAAUGGGGUACCCUCAAGCAGGGUGGUACCGUGUACAUAAGUAAUUUUAACUGAGGAAAAGGUGGGGAGGGGAUGAAAAA